CUCUCUUUCUCUUCUUUCAAAACUUUGAGCUCAAACUUUGGUUAGUUCCUAUCUCCUAUCUCCUUCACAUGAACAUGACUUUCAUUACCACUUCAUCACCACCACCAUUAAUACCUCUCAAACCAUACACAAGCUUCGAUAUAACAAGCAAAGUCAGCCCAGACGUCCUCCUAGUAAUCAUAAUCCUCUCCAUCAUCUUCUUCAUCUCCGGUCUCAUCCAUAUCCUCGUCAAGUUCCUCCUCACACCAUCACUUCAAAACAGAGAUGAUUACUUCGACAACAACCACGUCACAGCUUUUCAAGGACAGCUUCAACAACUUUUCAACCUCCAUGAUUCAGGCCUCGACCAAUCACUAAUUGACAAGUUACCUGUCUUCCAUUACAAAUCCAUCAUUGGUCUGAAGAUUACAUCUUUCGACUGUCCUGUUUGUCUCUGCGAGUUCGAAGCAGAGGACAAGCUCAGGCUCUUGCCUAAAUGUAGCCACGCCUUUCACGUUGACUGUAUAGACACGUGGCUUCUCUCUCACUCGACAUGUCCUCUUUGCAGAUCCAAUCUCCUCCUCUCUGAUUUCUCGACUCACCACAGUCUAAGCUCCUCGUAUCUCCUUGUUCUUGAGUCGGGAACUGAUCGACGCUCGAGAGACAUGGUUCCUGUUCCUGAGGCUAAUGAUUAUGGGUCGACCCGUUUUGGGUCGGGUCGUAAACCAUGCGACCCGGAUGGUGAUUUGGUUGUUCCUUUAGAAGUUAAGCUAGGGAAGUUUAGGAACAUAGAUCAUGUUGGUGACGGAAGUGACAAUAUCAUUAGUGGUAAUAGUAAUGUAGAUGUUAGGAGGUGUUUUUCAAUGGGGUCAUAUGAGUAUAUUGUGGACCAAGAAGCUACACUUAAAGUCCACGUUCCGACCAAGAAACAAUUCGACAAAGACGGUCGUUUCCCUGGCCAGAGAGCAGUUAUGUCCGAAUACGGUUUUGAUCCUACGGUUAAGGGAAUUGGGAAGAGUGUUGUGGAAAGAGAGAGCUUUUCUUUGUCUAAAAUUUGGCUAAGGGGUAAAAAGGAGAAGCAAAAGGGUACUAGUGUUAGAGUUCAGGAAUGUUCUUCGUUGUCUUCCUCUUCUAUCCAAUUUCAGAACCAAAUGAAUCCUGCCAAGACCAAGAAUGGGAUCGUUAUUGAUGAAGAGAAUCAAAAGAGCGAAAAUUCUGAAUCUUUGGAGACGAAAACCCCAUCUUUUGCUAGGAGGACCAUGCUUUGGCUUGCAGGGAGACAAACCAAGGCUGUUCAUCCUUCUACAUCUAAUGUGUAGUUUUUUUUUCUUAUUUGAGUUUUACUCUUACUUUACAAGUGUGUGUGUGUGUGAAAAUUUAUGAGUUUUUUUAGAGAGGAAGUUGAUGAAUAGUGGGGUAUCAAUUAAUAUAUGUAGGGUUAUAACUUCUAAGGCACAUUGAGAAUUUGGUUUG